ACAAACAACACAGGCAAGAAACAACAGGCACAGCAGGCUGUGCACAGAUUGACGAUAAAUCAUUAAAUUAUCUCGAAUAUCUUUGACUAUUGUGGCAAAUAUAUAUAUUUGAGGAGACAACAAAUACAGCUCAUUCAAUAAUAGCUCAAAAAUGGCAGAUCCACGCAUCAGGCAACUGGUCAUCAAGACAGGUGUCGUAAAGAGGCUGUCCAAAGAGAAGACUGUUUAUGAGAGAGAAGUAAAUACAGAAAUGGCUCGUCUGGAAAAACUGAAAAACGACAGCUCCGAUGAGCAUGUACUGCGCAAGCAGCAAGAAGUGAUACAGGAAUGCGAAAUGAUGAUACCGGACUCAAAGCGAAGAUUGCAAAAGGAGUUCGAAGUGCUGCAAAAAUACCUGCAGGAUGAAUUGGAUCUCAAGGAAACGGAUGCCUAUAUUAAGGCCUCAGAAGUGCUGGCCGAGGCGAAAACUGUCCUAGAAGUGUGAGCAAAGCAAAGCGAGCUGCUCUAAAUCAAUUAUAUUGUAUUUAAUCAAACACUCCACUCUCCAUGUACCAAUGUAUUUUUAACGUUAACCAACACUUGUCGCGAAAAUGCCGCACCGACACAAAUUGAGAGAAAUAAAAAACAAUUUAUGCAACGUAUUUGCAAAUCUAGAA